GCCGAUCAAGCGCUCGGGGGGUGGGGUCUAAGACCCCCGCCGUUGCCGGGCAACGCGCGCCGCUUCCGGGUCUGGGCGUGGCGCCGCGGUGACGUCAGAGAGGCGCGCCCGCGGCCAGGGACGCUGGUCUGAGCAUGGGGGCCGCCCGGGAGGUCGAUCCGCCGCCGGCGCAGGACGAGGAGCCCGAGGACGACGAGGAGGAAGAGGAGGCGGCGGCGGCGGCGGCGGCGGGGGGCGACGGGGAGCCGGGGGCGGCGAGCCCCUGGAACAUCAUGAUCAAGCACCGGCUGGUGCAGCGGCGGGGGCGGCGAUCCCAGAUGAUGACCAGCUUCACAGACCCCGUGGUCUCCAUGGACCUGCUGCGCGCCGUCCUGCAGCCCAGCAUCAACGAGGAGAUCCAGGCAGUCUUCGGCAAGUACAUGAAGUUUUUCCAAAAGGCAGCAGGGAACGUGCGCGAGAAUGUUGGCGAGGAAGUGGACACGGAGCAGCUCAUCCAAGAAACAUGUCGCAGCUGCCUGGAGCAGGCCAAGCUCCUGUUCUGCGAUGGGAAGAGGCCAAUUGCAAGAGUUCCCCACGAAGGGCCAGCCAUCAAGCGGGCAAAGCCCCUGGAAGACGAAGUGAGCCAGCAGGGGAGCCCCAUCCCGAAAAAGAGGAAGGGGAGACCGCCAGGGCAGAGCCAGCCUGGUGACCGUGGUGCUUCGGGUGUCAGCACGGGCAAGAGUAAAUCCUGUGAACCAGUGCAGAGGGACGGUCCGAAGUGGGACCCCCUGCGCCUCACGGAGACCACGAGCUUCGUUCUUGGGUCAAGAGCAAACAAGGCCCUUGGGAUGGGGGGCACCAGAGGCAGGCUCUACAUCAAGCACCCCCACUUGUUUAAGUACGCGGCAGACCCCCAAGACAAGCACUGGCUGGCUCAGGAGCAGUACAUGAGGGCCACCGGAGGGAAGAUGGCCUACCUCCUGCUGGAGGAGGACAUCCAGGACCUGGCGGCCAGUGAAGAGUACAGGGGUUCUCAGGAGCUGAAGCUGGACGAGCUGAAGCCCUUCACCAUCCCUUCCUGGAUGAUUGGGAAGAUGCAGAGAUACAUGAAGACGCUCCGCAGCGAAGGGGAGCAGCCAUUGCCACAGCAACAGCCACCUUCCCUGCCGGAGGAAAUGAGGGAGACUUAGACCAGGUCUGGCCAGCGUCUCCUGCCCGUCGUCUGCUCCUGGGAAACCCGGGAUGGGGGGCAUCCUCCCCUCAGCCCCCUCCCUGCGCAGGAUCCCGCCAGACGCCCCUCUGCUUUCCUGAUUUUAUAUUUGGAAUCUUGUAUUUGCUUGUUGGAGGAUUUAGAAGAAAUAAAUGCCUCUGACUGAA